AUGGCAGUUCAUGUACCAUUCAGCAUGUACCACGCCGUGGAUAUUGGCAUCUCUGCCGGCGCGAUAGUCAUCGCCCUCGUUCUCUUGUUCGGGUUGACUGUCGUGGCAUCCGACUAUCUUGAUGGAUGGCGGCAGAGAAGAGCCUUGAGGGGCAUUCCGAUUGUAGAUGAGGGUAGCUACAUGCGGCCGCAGCUACGAUGGAAACGCUUCGAUGCGGAGAAAGAGUAUGCGAGAGCAUAUCAGCAGUACAGCAAAGCAGGCAAACCCUAUGCGACACGGAUACAGAAUGAUGACUAUGCCAUUGUGCUUCCCUUGAACUCGUCAAAGGAAUGGAGGUCUCUACCACACGACCAGCUGAGCUUUCUUCAUGCAUUGGCAGAGUUUGCCGAUAUGAACAUGUACUGCGACGUCACGGAUAGAACACCCAUUGAAGCUGUUCACAAUUGCAACAACGCCGAAUCAUUGAACCACCUCAACAAGCUUCUAGCCCGGGAAACAGAUAAAGUCUUGCCUUUGAUUUUCGGCCAGCCUACCGGGAACAAGUGGAAGGCAUUGAACACAUUUCAGACCAUCCUCUCCUUAUGCUCCACGGUCACUAUGACCUUGCUCCUUGGACCAGACAUCGCCCCCGAUCCGGCGCUCCUCCACCAUGCGAUGUCUUUUGGGGAAGCCAUUAUGAGCAGCUGCUAUCGACGGACGGGAUAUCCGCGCAUCUUGCGGCCAUUUGUGUGGCGCUUUUCGCCCGUAUGCCGAAAUCUGAGGACUAGCUUGUCAAUCGUGAGAGCGAAACUUGUUCCCGAGGUCGUGCGCCGGAUCGCAGCUGCACGAGCGGCGGACAAAACCAAGGACGUACGCCCAUCUUCAUUGUUGGACGCUCUGGUCGCGGCGGCCUUUGACAACGGCAGCUUGAGCCGAGAUGGCAAAUGCGCAAACGAUGCGGCACAGGCACAGUUGCUGGCAGACGAUCUCCUUUUCUACCAUUUCGAACUCUCUAAUCCGACCGCGUUCAACAUUAUCUUCCAGGUGUAUGCCAUCAUGAACCACCGCGAGUACAUGGCUCCGCUCCGAGAGGAGGCACUUCAUGCUUUGAAGCUCACUGACGGCGACUGGACCGUCGAAACUCUGAAGCACACUCCCAAGUUAGAAAGCUUCGCAAAGGAGGCCUUUCGACUGUACGAUAUCUCUCCCUUUGUCAGCUUCCGCCGUGUCAUGAAAAAUGUCACUUUAAACUCUAUCGGUCUGUCUCUUCGUCCCAGCACGAUCGUUUUGUCUCCAUGUCGAAAUGUCCAUCUGGAUCCCGAGUUCUAUGAAGACCCGACGACCUUCAACGGCUACCGCUUCUACGACUCCAGCCGCGGCACCUGCUCUCCACGCGUGACAACCACCUCGCCGACUUUCUUGACCUUCUCUCAUGGAGCCGGCACCUGUCCCGCGCGGGUUCUCGCUACUCAGAUUUGCCGGACGAUCUUCAUCAAAUUUCUGUUGCAGUACGAUGUAGAACUUGCGCACAAGGAGACACCACCGUAUGGAUACACCAAUGGUCCGGUCUAUUUGCCUAAUCCAUCAGUGACGAUGCGGGUUCGGCCCAGAAGCAACGGGAAGCCAUGA